AUGACACUGGAAGAAACACAGGACGGUGGAGUAUUCAUACAUAUAUUGUUGGCAGUUUAUCUGUUUGGUGCUCUUGCUAUUAUUUGUGAUGAUUAUUUUGUACCGUCUUGUGAACAUAUCUGUACAGGUCUCAAACUACAAGAAGAUGUCGCUGGAGCAACAUUUAUGGCUGCCGGUAGCUCAACACCAGAAUUCUUUACAUCAGUCGUUGGUGUUUUUAUCGCUCAAAGUGAUGUUGGUGUUGGUACCAUUGUAGGAUCAGCUGUAUUCAAUAUUCUCUUUAUCAUUGCUGCUUGUGGACUAUUUACUGGAAUGGUGGUUGAGUUAUCAUGGUGGCCAAUGUUUCGUGACCUUAUUUUCUAUAUCAUCUCAAUUGUAGCUUUAAUUAUAGCUAUAUAUGACGGAGAAGCAUUAAUAAUGUUUCUGUUUUACAUCGUCUAUAUCAUCAUCAUGUAUUUUAACCCUCUGCUGGAAACAAAAGCUUUGAAUCUUGUAGCCAAAUUGCGUGAUAGAUAUUUCCCUCAAAGUGAAGAGGAGCAGACAUUGCUUGAAAACGAAGAACAUGAAUCUUUCUCGUACACAGAUCUAUUAGAUAAGCAAUCUAUAGAGACUGGAUUUACAGAUGUCGUUGAAGAAGAUUUAAUUAAAGUGGAACAUAUUAACCAAGAGAAAGAUCACGACUAUGAGUCGCCGUGGGAAAUUCCUGAUUCGUUUUUGAUGAGGCUAUUCUGGGUAGCUAUGUGUCCUGUUAAAGCCCUAGUUUAUGUCACUAUACCUGAUUGCAGAAAACCAGGAAAAUGGAGAAAAUUAUUCUUACUGACUUUUCUAUGUUCGAUUAUUUGGAUUGCUGGCUUGUCCUAUUUAAUGGUGUGGAUGGUAACAAUUGCAGGAGAUUCUUUAGAGAUACCUGAUACAGUGAUGGGUCUAACAUUAUUAGCUGCUGGCACUAGUGUUCCUGACUGCCUGGCUAGUAUACUUGUUGCUCGUGACGGGCUCGGAGAUAUGGCCGUGUCGAAUUCGAUUGGUAGCAACAUUUUUGAUAUUCUCAUGUGUCUUGGAUUUCCAUGGUUACUGGAAACACUGCGAACGGGUGGUGAUGAAUCUGUGUUGAUUAACAGUGCUGGGUUGACGUAUUCGUCUAUCAUUCUUCUUUCAACUGUAGCAUUUUUAUUAGUGGCCGUAUUGUUAAACAAGUGGAAAUUGGACAAAAAAUUAGGAGCUACAUUCAUGUUUGUAUAUGUUAUCGUCAUUGCACUCGCUUGUUUGUUUGAACUUAAUAUUUUUGGCGACUUUAAUGCACCAGCUUGCCCGAGAUGA